AUGUCGGUUGUAAACUACGAAGAUCCCGAUCUUUCCUUCCUUGCAUUCGAAGACUCCCAUGUUUUUGGCCUGCCAAUCCUUGAGUCUCUUGAGAGAGAUGACAGCCAGACAGAGUUGGAAUGCUCGCCGCAAGAUUUCGAUUGGGGAUGCACAGCAAGGGCAUCGGACAAAGACCCCCGGGAGAACAACCGGGUAUCAUCCGAGCAAGGCUACAAAUACAUCGAGACAUAUGCUUCAAUCUUCUCCGCUGUUUCCUCAUGCAAGGAUGAUUGCGAAUCGAUUUCGCUGGGAAUGCCAACCUUUUCCUUGCCGCCACCGCCAUCGCCGUCUCCAGCGAAGAAGCGAGGUAGGAUGGUGAAGCUUUCUAGCGGCAUCACACGGAUCUGUGGAAACAAAAUCUUGGAGCACAUCUCGCCGGAUGAAGCGAAGAAGAGGAAGCUAAACUGCUUCUAG